AAUGUAUUAUAGAACAUGUGUAGAGUGGAUAUGCAGUUAUAACGGAAAAGCGUUUACUCGUCUUCAGUGUUAGCGCGUGCCUAGGCUGUUGUAUUCUAUCUGAUAUUUUACCUAGAUUUGAUUUUCUACUCGGGUUGAGUGGUGCUGCGUUGGAAUGUAUUUGAAAUGGAUUCUUCUGUUUACUGCGUUGCUGAUCCAGAAUGUUAUAUCUGCGUGUCCACCAUCGACAACAAAAAUGAUGACAACAGUAAACGGGACCAUUCAAUCACCAAAUUAUCCACAAAAGUUUUGGUCAAGCCACUGCAGAAAGUGGCAACUUCCUCACCACGAAUUUUCCCAGAACUCUUCAUUGGUUUUAUUUGUUCGUACAAUGAAUAUGAUGUUCGUAUCUAAGACAACAUAUCUUGCUGGGAGUUUAUUAGUUAACGGAACAAACAUUGCAACUAUGUCUAACGGCACAUGUCUUAUCUUCCACGGAAGCAAUCAAAAAUGUCGAAACUUGGAAAACAUAAAAAUGCAACAAAAAUGUUCACAAAGACUACACAGCUAUGAAGCUAUUGAUUCAUUCACUGUUAAGUUCAAACCAUCGCCUGAUUUAUAUUACUAUGGAUUGAGGUAUCCUCGAAAAUUUCAGCUAGAUUACGAAUACCUACCAUGUAUGGAAGACACGAGUCAUGGAACAAGCACAGUACAUGAAAAACAAGAUGAUUCUGGCGCUGUUGGAGCAGCAGUUGCAUUCGGAAUAAUUUGUGGACUCCUAUCAGCGAUACUGAUUGCUGUUGCAAUAAGAAGGUUCAGGAAGAAAGCCGUCAUUGAUGGCCGUGUUAACAACACAAUGGUGACCUCGCCAAGCAACCAAUACGAAUCAACCAUGCAGUGCGAUGGGAAAAUCAACCCUGACACGAUUUACCACACUGUGGACAAACCAGAUGAGACAACUGAGAAAGAGACUGUUGUGAAUCAGCUUUACGCUAUGGCUUCUUAGUUUGCCAC